UCCAGAGGGGCUGAUGUUGGUGGAGGUGGUGGAGUGGAAGGCAGCCGUGGGGAGCCGGGCAGAGCCAAGGCCCAGGUCCCUGGAGCCCCGCGUCUGGGCGCGACACUCGUUCGGAAAGGUCGAGCCCAGUAGAGUCAUAUUGACCUCCACCCCAGCAUGCUCUGAUGCCAGGCUGACGAUAAGAGGCUUGUGAGCCUGAAAUCGGAUACUGACCCCAUGGGACAUUGAUAGGACAGAGAGGGCACAGCAGUCACUAACUGUGCAUCACCUCUGUGAAAAUAGGCCCUGGAGAUUUGAAAAGUUUUCACCCUUUUCUUCCAUCAACUGUCAUCAUGACACUGACAAAAGGUUCCUUCACUUACUCCAGUGGGGAGGAAUAUCAUGGAGAGUGGAAGGAAGGCCGCAGACAUGGUUUUGGUCAACUGCUGUUUGCAGAUGGUGGCACCUACCUGGGUCAUUUUGAAAAUGGGCUCUUUAAUGGCUUUGGGGUACUCACCUUCUCAGAUGGCUCAAGGUAUGAGGGAGAGUUUGCCCAGGGAAAGUUCAAUGGCGUUGGAGUCUUCAUUCGACAUGAUAACAUGACCUUUGAGGGGGAAUUUAAAAAUGGCAGAGUAGAUGGUUUUGGCCUGCUGACCUUUCCAGAUGGUUCUCAUGGAAUACCCCGCAAUGAAGGUCUCUUUGAAAACAACAAGUUGCUGCGGCGUGAGAAGUGUUCUGCUGUGGUCCAGCGGGCUCAGAGUGCAUCCAAAUCUGCCAGAAAUCUCACCGCCUGAUGGGGCAGUAGCCAGAGAAGUGUCGGGUAAAGCCAGUACACCCUUGUUCACUCCAGGUGAAUUAGUGAACCAGAUAUGAGAUGAAAUGACUGGAGCUAAAGCUUGUAAGGUGCCUGUCACCUGCCAAUCAGGAAUUCGGUCACAGGAAAGUGCCGAGGACUUUGACCAAGACCCUGAAGCAGUUGUUAGCAAUUCUAUCUUUCCCUGACCAAAUGUGUCAGAGGACAGAGGAGCCAUCUUUAUUAUUUAUUUGUUCCUGUUCCUUGUUCCUAAGGCCUUGGGACCCAGUGCAAAAGUGCUGUGGCUCUCACUCCGUUUGCUGCCAAGUGAUACAGAAUCUUUUCAUUCUGCCUACAUUUGGGGCAGUUAAUCCUAUAGCGCCAACGUAGGGCCAGUAAUUUGUGUUGUUCUAGAGAAAUAAGGAAAAAA